CUGGACGGGAGCCUGGCGGGGUCAGCCCCCGACGAGCUGCCUGGCGGAUGGCUGUGUGGGGCCUGGGAGGCCGCCUUGGCCUGCGCGGGGGUGUCGGCGCCGGUGGGCUACUGUGUCCUCGUUUCCAGAGCCACCGCCCCCAGGGCGUGCAAGACGGGGACGGGCCACAGUCUUCCUUGAAGACACCCAAGAUCCCCAAGAUAUACACCAAAACAGGAGACAAAGGGUUUUCUAGCACCUUCACUGGAGAAAGGAGACCUAAAGAUGACCAAGUGUUUGAAGCCAUGGGAACUACGGAUGAAUUAAGUUCAGCCAUUGGGUUUGCUUUGGAAUUCAUCACAGAAGAAGGCCACCCAUUCGCUGAAGAGCUUCGGAAAGUCCAGUGCUCGCUGCAGGAUGUCGGCUCUGCCCUGGCGACACCGCGCUCCUCGGCCAGGGAGGCUCACUUAAGACAUGCCGCGUUCGAGGCAGGGCCCAUCCUGGAGCUGGAGCAGUGGAUCGACAAGUAUUCCAGCCAGCUGCCCCCGCUCACGGCCUUUAUUCUGCCGUCCGGAGGCAAGGGCAGCUCCGCGCUGCACGUCUGUCGGGCCGUGUGCCGCCGAGCAGAGAGACGCGUGCUACCUCUUGUCCAGAUGGGUGAGACGGACGCUAAUGUGGCCAAGUUCUUAAACAGACUCAGCGACUAUCUCUUCACGUUAGCCAGAUACACGGCCAUGAGAGAGGGGAAUCAGGAAAAAAUAUACAAGAAAAAUGACCCGUCAGAGCGAGCCUGAGGCACGUGGAAAUAAUGCAAAGGGGGAGCAAAGGGGGAGAUUGGCAGACCCCUCGGAGGUGAAGAGUUUGUCCUUCCUGUCCUGAUUCCUGAAGAUCUCAGCUAAGGGGGCUGGGUGAGACUCCUGCCCGCUCCCCUAGGCUCUCCCGGGUCGUGGAGGAAGUGUGAACGAAUGAACUCAGUAUUGCAGAAAAUAAGGUAAAAGUGAUUGCUGUGCAAGGAAGAGCCACACAGAAAAAAAAUAAAAGUG